AUGAACUCCGAGGAAAACCAGAUGAAAACGUCCACAAAUGAAGAGGACGAUCAUAUUCAUGGACAGUACGCUAUCCAACUAGUGAGCGCAUCAGUCUUGCCUAUGGUGUUAAAAGCAACAAUUGAACUUGGUGUGCUUGAUAUCAUAGACAAAGCUGGUCCCGGAGGGUUGGCCCAAGGGGCUGGGUCCGCCCCUGGUGGCGGUGGUUCUAUCCUUAAGAUGAUCAUAUUCAAAUAUCCUACAAUUAAGUGUGUCAACUACGAUCUGCCUUCAAUUAUUGAAAAGUCCACUUCCUAUCCUGGUAUGGAGCAUGUUGCAGGGGAUAUCUUCGUAGACAUUCCAAAAGGAGAAGCCAUUUUCGUAAAGUGGAUGCUACACAGUUGGGACGAUAAGCACUGCGUGAAGAUACUAAAAAAUUGCCAUGAAGCAUUACCAGCCCAUGGGAAAGUUGAUUUAGUAAUACCAGAGGCCCCUGAAACUAUUCUUGCUGCAAAAAGCUUAUUUCAGUUAGAUAUGCUCAUGAUGAACAUGAAUUCGAGGGGAAAGGAUAGGACAAGAAAAGAAUUUCAAAGUUUGGGAGAAGACGCAUGGUAUUCUCAUAUUCAAGUGCCAUGUUCUGCAUUUAAUUUCUCAGUUAUAGAGUUCUAUAAAUCUAUAUGA